AUGGCUUCAUCAAUUCCUAGUUCGCAUCACAACACUUUCUUCUCAAUCCUUCUUUCCUUUUCAUUAAUCGCCUCAAUCUCCCACAAAGCCAUUGCUGCUUCAUCAUCUUCUUCUUCUUCAGCCUCCACCAAUACCCUAAAAACCUACAAAGCUUUCAUAAAAGAGUACUGUAAUUCCACUACGUACCCUGAAAAUUGCUACAAGUAUCUCUCUCCUUAUGCCUCAGUGAUCAAAACAAGUCCUUUUGUUCUCACCAAGUCCUCCAUUUAUAUUGCUCUGAAACAAGCCAGCAAGUCACAUAAUGCACUCAAAUCGCUGACCAAAGCCAAGGGUCUUACUCGCAAUGAAACCCUAGUCAUUGAGGAUUGUCUUGAGAAUAUUGACGAUUCACUUGAUGAAGUUAAGCAAUCGGCCAUCGCCGUCAAGGGCUUGACCGGUGCUAACGCCUCCGAUGAGGCCUUCGAGUGGAGUAACAUAAAGACAUGGAUGAGUGCUGCCAUUACAAGUUAUACCACCUGCACCGACGAGUUUGAUGAGAUGAAGAUAAGAUCUUUGUUGCAGAAGAAGAUCACAAGCAGUGUCUCAAAAUCUGAAAACAUGGUUAGCAGUGCUCUUUCAGUUGUCAACAAGUUUACCGAUUUUUUGUAA